UAUCUAUCUAUCAUCUACUUCUGUGUAAUAACCUGAUAAUAUUUGACAAGAUGAAAAACAAACAAUAAAACAAAUACUGUAAGCAGAGAAGAAGUUACUGCAAAAACUGAGCAAGUCAAGGGUUAAUAAAGAAGUAGCAGCGGGCGCAGUGCAUGCUGGGAGUGGUGGGCUGCCUGAGUCUGGGUAAUGUAGUUGUGUGUAUAGGAAAUGGCUGCUUGUGCUGGGAGCUGUGGCGGCUUCUCCCUGUCUGGCAGCAAAGAUAUCCUUUCCUUUGUUCUUGUGGCCACAUAGCAGCAGCCUGGAUCCAGAGCUGGGGCCCGGAUACAAGAGCUCUGCAUGCCUGGACAUAUCGACAUAGCUGGUAUCACGGGUCCAGACCCACCGCCCAUCUCACCCGCCGCAUCCGUGUGUCCUGUAAAUAACCAGCACUGGACCCUAAAUAUCCUGUCGAAAUCCAGGAAAGGAGUGAACCUCCCCAGCAUCCAGAGGGUUAAUCAUGGCUGAAAACAUCGAGGAGAAGCUCGGCGAUCUCGACGUCAGGCCAAAAAGCAGUCGAAGUCGCAGCGCGGACCGGAAAGACGGAUAUGUUUGGAGCGGGAAGAAGCUUUCCUGGUCUAAUAAAAGCGGCCACUUGGCCGAUGGAGGCGCGGCGCGUGCUGCGGACAAGGCGGAGGGAUCUGCAAGGAGCCAGGAGAGAAAGCACAGCAGCUCCUCUAUAGAACUGGAUCUGGACCGCUCCUGCGGACAUAAGCUCUUGGGUCGGUCUUUGAAGCAGAAGCUGCAGGAUGCCGUGGGUCAGUGCUUCCCCAUAAAGACCUGCAGCAGCCGCCACCAAUCGGUAUUGUCUUCCAAAAGGAAAAUUCAUAUCAGCGAACUGAUGCUGGACAAGUGCCCCUUCCCCCCCAAAUCAGACCUGGCUUACAGGUGGCAUUUUAUUAAAAGGCACACUGCCCCCGUAAGCCAGCCGCACACCCAGUACGUGGUUAAAGACGCCCCUAAGGUGGACCCUCUAGCCAUGGCCGAAGGGGAGGAGGACACGUUAUCAGAGCGACACGUCCUGUCUUGUGAAGUAAACAUGGGGGCGGUAGAAUCGGUCACCACCAAAGCCUUGAGGGGCGCCAAGGAGGACAGCGACGUUGACUCGGACGACGAAGUCCUGACGCUCUGCACUAGUUCUCGUAAGCGGAAUAAACCCAAAUGGGAGCCGGAUGAUGAGGUGUUUCUGUCCGCCACCCCUCCGAAAUAUCACACCCAGAUAGAUUACGUCCAUUGCCUGGUUCCAGACCUGUUCCAGAUCAAUAACAACCCGUGCUACUGGGGAGUGAUGGAUCGGUAUGCGGCGGAGGCCCUAUUAGAUGGGAAGCCGGAAGGGACAUUUUUACUGCGGGACUCCGCACAGGAAGACUACUUGUUUUCUGUAAGUUUCAGGCGUUACAGCCGCUCCCUGCACGCCCGCAUCGAGCAGUGGAAUCACAACUUUAGCUUUGACGCCCAUGACCCGUGUGUGUUCCACGCCCCCGACAUCACGGGGUUGUUGGAGCACUACAAGGACCCCAGCUCCUGUAUGUUCUUCGAGCCCCUUCUCUCCAGCCCUUUGCACCGGACAUUCCCCUUUUCCCUCCAGCACACCUGCAGAACCGUCAUCUGCGGCGCCACAAACUACGACGGCAUCGACGCCCUGCCGGUCCCUUCUUCCAUGAAACUUUACCUGAAGGAAUAUCAUUACAAAUCCAAAGUGCGGGUCCGCCGCAUCGACAUACCGGGACGCCACCAUAAGUGAUAAACCAGACGUAUUAAUAGUGAUUUUUUUUUUUUAUGGUAUUUCACCGAAGAAAGUUUGUGACCCCCUGCGUUGGCACCUGCACAUUUUCAGUGUAUUUCAGUGAUGAGGUUCAUCUAUGUGCAAUUAGCUUCCAAGGGCUCAUUCACACGACCACGCUCGGUCUGGGAAACGUGGCUUGUGUGUCGGCCGCAUCCACCGGACCGACGGCAGCCCUUCUGUCCCGACAUGAUGAUUUGAGUACAGUACAAUAGCCCCGUGAUCAUAUAGGAACUCAGUCUGUCACUAUGAUGCAAUCAGUUCAUGUCAGAGGAGCUGCCACCAGUCCAGAAGAUGCGUCCGACACACGGGCCACGUUUCCCGGACCGAGCACGGUCGUGUGCAUGAGUCCUAAGAGAGGUUUAAGCUCCGCUCCAAAACUCCUGCUUAGCCCUAGUGCUAUAUAUAAUUCUAACACUAGAGGGAGCUUACUGCAUACAUUUAUGCAUUGAAUUCUAUAAUAAAGCAGUAUGCACUAAGCUCCUGCACUCCCCCUAGUGGCGGCUGCAGGCAAACAAUAUUCUUUACUUUGUCUUUGCAGGGGAUUUUUAGCUGUAAGGCGGCGCUCCAGCUGCUGUAAAACUACAAUUCCCAGCAUCCAAACAUGUUCAGCUGUUCAUUUAACUCCCGUAGAAGGGGAUGGAGCACUCUGGGAGUUGUAGUUUCGGGACACCUGGAGUGCUGAAGGUUGCCGAUUCAUGCGGACCAAAAAUACAUUCAUCUGCAUGAGCCCUAACCGCUAUAAGGAUAUAUUAGGAAACUAAUCGGCAUAGAACGUUGGACCUUAAAAGGACACAUCACAGACAUUCCCUUUAAUUAUAUCUGACUCUGGGAAAGUUGUGUGACAGCAUUCAAAGAGUGGGCAAGUCUGUCUAGUUUGGGCGCUGUAGGAAGCAGGGGUCAUUCAGGAGUCUGGGUAAGCUGUAUGACAACCCAUGUGGGUAAUAUAACGGCAAUAUUGCUCGUCACCCAGCUUUUCCAAAGACAGAUAUAACAGUAACAACGCGGGGGGUGGGGGGAGUACAACUGAACCUACUGGUCACCACAAGGGUCAGUACUGCCCUCCAAUCACUGUGCCUAACAAGCCUUUUCCAUACUCUAUUUAACCAUUUACUGCCAUGAUGCAUUAGUGGAUCCUCAUAUAAUUGUUAUUUAUCACGUACCUCUCUGCUGUUUGCUGAUCCAAGCUCGGUGCUGGAGGAUUUGGGGGUCAGUGAUGCCUGCAGUCCUCUCUCCUCCUGUUAGGCAGUAACACAGGGUAUUAAUGUAAAGCUAUACACGGGUAUAUAUAGUGACCGUAGUGGUCUCACAUUUAAACAGGGCCUGGAAUUAAAGGGGUUCUCCUAUAGUAGAGGUCUACAAGCUGUGACCUUCCAGGUGUUGCAAAACUACAACUCCCAGCAUGGCUGGACGGCCUCUCUCGGAGUAUACCCAUUUUUACAUGCCCAUAGCACCUGGCCAGUGUGGGUUCGUCCAAUAUGAGAUACAACAUGGCUACUUUCUGCCAAAAACAGCGCCACCCCUGUCCACAGGUUAGGUGUGGUAUUGCAGCAUUGCCACAUUUAUUCAGUGGAGCUGAGCUGCAAUACCGGACACAGCCUGUGGACAGGGGCGGUGCUGUUUCUGGAAGAAAGCAGCCAUGUUUUUGUUUUGUUUUUAAAAUCAUGUACAACCCCCUUAAAGGACAUGUCUUUCCUUUAAGGGGGUUGUACAUGAUCCUGUGACCAGGGGGUGCUAUUUCUGAAUAUUAGUGUCCUCAUAUAUAUGAAAGAAGGGCAUCAGGGCUCAAUCUUUCUACCCCCCUAUAACUAGAGAUAGCGUUUGUAGUGAUUUACUAAUAACUAACUUUUUGCAAUUGAACUUGGGGGGGGGGGGGGGGGGGGGGGGAGACAAGUAACCCUAGGACCCCACCUCACCCCUCUCCCUGAGGGAAAGGAAAGGUUGUGAUUGUUAUGGUUUGCACCCCUCCCCCCAUCUGCAGUAACUGCCCCUUUAAGAGCAGACAGGGGCCCCCUUCAGCUGUUGGGUCCCAUCAGCUGGCACCUCUUAUAUUGCUAAUCACAACUAAAAUUCCUUUAAUCCAGCCAUAAGCUAAACUUUACGCUCCCGGGCCAACCCCCACGUGUCACGUACCGUCUAAUAUCAGUGCGGUUGGUUUGCCCCCCCCAGACUCCGGGGCCCUGUUGUGACUACUUCUAUACCCCUUAGGCUUCAUUCACAUGGCCAUGUUUUUGGUCAGCAUUUUUGCGGAUCGGAUGCGUACCAAUUCAUUUCAAUGAGGCCGCAAAAAAAAAAAAGCGGACUGUACACCAUGUGCAGUCCACAUCCAUUCCGCGGGCCUGCAAAAAUGAUAGAACAUGUCCUAGUCACGUCCGUUUCUCAGACAAGGUUAGGCAUUAUUGCAGCGGGUCCGCAAAAAAAACUAAAAACGGAGGCAACACGGAAGUCACAUGCAUCGUAACAAUAGGACAUCUUUUUUUGCAGGACUGCUGAACGGACAUACGGAUGCGGACAGAACACGGUGUGUUUUUUUUGAGGCCCAGUUGAAAUGAAUGGGUCCGCCUCCGAUUUUUUGGGGGCCUUAAAUUUUUUUGUUUUUCCCCUAUUUCACACGAGCGUAUAGAAAUCUGCCCAUAUGACGGGUCUGGACAAUAUACCGUCCAUAUUCUCAUAGGUAAUUCAUCCAGAUUUACAUGCGGAGUUCUUCCUUCCGCCAUUUUGGAUGCCCUCCUGUAGACUGUAAUGGAUGUAGUUGGAGGCAAAUCCCCCCCAAAACUAGGACACGUUUUAUUAACAUUAGCAGCGGGUUCCGGACCACAAAAUACCCUCACGUGAAAGAGGCCUUUAUCUGAUUAUUCAGCUCUGGUGCCACGGAUUAAAGGAAAUGACCCUCUCAGCUGAUGGAUCACAACUCCCAGCAUCAACCGGCUUAGUAAAGUUGGCAUCCAGUUAAAGGGACAGUCAUCGCUCACAGAAUAAAUCUUGUGAUCGGUCAUGGAGGUGUGAUCCGUGAGCUGGCAUUGCCACAGAUGCCUGAGAUACAGGGGCUGCGAUGCCCGUUGGUGUGCCCGGAUGCCUUGGUACCUUACAGUAAACCCCUUCUAAAGUUGACUUUGGUCUUUUGUUCCAGAGAGUGCUGCUUUAACAGUGACUUGUGUAUAAUAUGUAGGUUUCCGAUCAAAAUAAAUAACGUUUCUGGUAA